AUGGCCGACGCCAAGAGAGUCGCCGGCAGACGUUCGCCGCUCGUCCGCCUCUACGGAGAGCCACAGUGGCGGCGCUUAUUACGCCGCGUCGUCCAUGCCCUCUUGCCCAACUGCACCUGCCCGGCCGUGCUGCCGCUCCCCACGGUCGAACCUGUAACUUCCACGGCCGCCUCCGGCGGUGCCCUAUUCACCGGCACCUUCUACGGCCGGCGGACCAAGCGCGUGAGCUUCUGCUUGCAGGAACACCCGAAGGCCUGCCCUAGGAUGAUCCUCGAGCUGCCGGUGCUGACGAGCUACCUCGCCGUGGAGAUGCAGGACGGGAUAGUGAGGCUCGUCCUGGGGUGCAACCGAACCGACUCGGGUUGCUCACUGUGGAGCGUACCGGUCUGGACCGCCUUCUGCAACGGCCGGAGGAUUGGGUUCGCGGAGAGCAAGAAGGCGGCGGAGGACGACGACAUGGUGCUCAAGUCGAUGGAGCCGGUGUCUGCCGGCGCCGGCAUGCUUCCCGGCAAGAAAGAGUCUGAAGACGAUCCCUUCGUCUACCUCCGAGCCAAUUUUUCGAGAGUGGUGGGUUCAGCUGAUUCCGAGUCGUUUCACAUGAUCAACCCAGGAUCUCAGUGA